CCUCUUCCUCCACUUGAAUUCUGCGCCAAACUCGACAGAUUCGGGCCCAUUAUCUGCUUUCCCCCUUUGUCGCAUCUUCACAGGCUUCUUACUGCCUCCAUUCAUUGUUCUGCUACCGGCCAACCCCACUGUGUUCCGCAUCUCGUGGUUAGUGUAACACGGCACCCAAGGGAGGUGUAUACAUACUUGCUCGCUUGUGGUUAUACUCCGCACCGGCGCAUUCGCUCCCCCUCGACACCACAUCGCAGGGUUGCUUAUACUACAAGCUGCUUGCUGCCAUUGAAAACUAUGCGAUCAUAUAUUCUGAAUUGAGUUUCCUAAUAUAGCAACACAUUAAAGCGUGGUUGUGUCGCGCAGUCGUGUCACCUUUGUCGCCGCAGGGUCGCCGCAAGCUUACGCUGUAGCAAGUUAUCCUUUAAGCAGCAAUCGCCCGAACCAUGACCACAGAGAGUAUUCGAGCAACAGAGCACGCAGACAACAUGUCCUCCGAUCCAGCGUCCAGCAGCAACUCACGUCCAGUCUCGUCACAUCGCCGACAGCCUUCGCAAGGCUGGCCCGCUGCUGACCACGAACACGACAGGGAGAAUUAUUCCAUGAAUGCGAUGAAACACAACGUGCCUUACAUCCCUGAAAGGCCACACGGCAGCCGUGCAACCCGCUCAGGUUCCACAAACAAAGGCAGAGGGAAAGCUCUCAAAGAAGAAAGCACAGAGCGAAAGGACCGGCUACCGACUUUAGAACCAUCACUAUGGUCCGAGGCGAAUGAGCCGCUACCGGCCGCAAACAUGAAGAACACUGGCGGCAAUGGCCUCAAGGGGCCAAGGCCCGAUACCCAGGCAUCUCCCAUAGACCGAUCGAAUACCCGUCGGUCUACGACGGACCGUGCACAGCCCUUAGCUUCGGAUCGCUCGCCUCUUCAACUGCUAGAGGUGUCCCUGAAAGAGAAAAAGAGAGCACGGGUGCUGGAAGCUGAGAUGAAAUUGAAAGAACGGAUGCAGAGGGAGGCCGAAGGCCGAGAAUCGGCAACGUCACAACCCUCAGAUUGGGUAAACCCAAGAGCAGCAGGUCGCGAGGAUACUGCGCGAACCGGGACUGGGCAGGCUCCUAGACAGAAGCAGCCCACCACACAAGGUGCCAGACGACCGGAUCAUCGACGCUUCCCUUCGGAGAGCCAGGCAGAGUAUGGGCCCCUGGAACAAAAUCCGUACGAGAAGCCCAAGUCCUCGCGCCCCAGAGCACCAUCGCUGCAGGAUCCAGCGGCGUACCCGACUGACGAUGGCCCUUACUCUAGCGCCCGAAUUCCGGACCCGGCAGUAGUGAAUAGAGGCAGUGCUCCUAGACGUACAGUCACCGUGAGCCAUAGACCUGGAGGGCCGCCCAUGGGCCCACGAGCAAUGAACACGAGCGGACACCAGAAUUCGCGCACGCAUGGCCCCGUUGCCCAUGACUCGAACCAAUCCAGGCAAAAUAAGAUGGCGUCUAUCAGCAGAAAGGAUGUAGCGAACCAACCAGAGACCAGGAACACUGGGCCUCUGAACCAGAAUGAAUUCAUGAUACCUAAAGGCAGACCACUGCCACAAGCUGGCUUGGACGCGACUUCCGCAAUUCCGAAGUCACUGCCCCCACAGAAUGCUGCAAACAAUCUUGCUAGCGUUACGACCGAGCUAUCUACUCCCCUAGUUGCGGAUCUGAGCGCUGACUUGAGCCGCGAAACUUUCGGAACAGAAACCAGUGCACCGUCAAAACCCAAAGUCUCGUUCAACGUGCCGCCACCUACACCCCCUCCGCUGUCAGAGUGGAAGACUGCGCAAGUUGCUCGGCUAGGGGCUUCCGACUUCGACUUCCAGCGAUUGGAUGCAGAUCGAAGCAAAGCUUGGUGGGAAGGCGGAACGAGCAACAACCGUCGGCGCAGCAGGGCACUACCAAGCGACUUUCCGCACAGAUCACAGACUCAGAAGUCAACAGGUAGCAAACGCUUCCAGCCACCAAUAUUCCUUAAAUGUGGACCUUUGCUUCGAUAUGGCGGACUUAGGCGCAUCCGUAUCGAUGGGCCCAAUGGACCAUUCAACAAGGAGACAUGGAGAGGUAGCAUCCUCAUUGUGACGCAAGACUCACGCUCAUCCUAUGAGCCACGGCCGAGUCUAAAGUUGUUUUCGCAACCAAUGGAUCUACUCCCACCUCCACCAGUCCAGGUAGAUGGAGAGGAAGCUCGCCUUGCACCCGAGUAUGUCGAUCCUACGGCGGGAUUGGUGAAGUUAGGGCGCGACGGGCGCGCUCUCUACGUCAAACCAGUGGACCAUAUUGACGAAGAGAUGGACCUCUCGAUUAUCGAGAACGAUGAUGGCCUCUACGAGAUGUCUCCCAGCAUGGUCGACUAUAGUAGCGAGGGUGUCAAGCAAACUAUGCCGGCCAAUCGUCUUCACCAAAUGGACGGAGAAACUGCGGGGAGUUACACCGAGGUCACCGGAGCCCGCCUCUAUGCGGAUCCAGGGCGCGAUGUGACAUUUUGGAGGUUCAACAUUGAGGUUGAACUGGGCCCAACUCAACAACGAAUCGCCUAUAGGCUGAAUCAGGGCCCAGCCAUAGGGUUCUGGGUUCCCGCACGGGGACAAUCUAUGAACGUGGUGUUCCAUACAGGCAACGGCUUUAGCCCAGCUGUCGACUCCAAUAAGCUGUGUGGGCCUGAUCCUCUGUGGCGUGAUAUUCUGACCGAGCAUCAGACCCAGCCGUUCCACGUUAUGAUUGGUGGGGGUGAUCAGAUCUUCAACGACAAGGUCAUAGCACAGACAGCGCAUUUUCAGGAGUGGGUCAAAAUCAAGGGUUUGGGUGAAAAGUAUGAUGCAUCGUUCACAGCGGAGUUUCGAGCCGAGUUGGAGGACUUCUAUCUCGGAAAUUACUCGACGUGGUUCUCGCAAGGACUCUUCUCCCUGGCUGGCUCUCAAAUUCCCAUGGUGAACAUGUGGAACGACCACGAGAUCAUUGAAGGCUUUGGUUCUUAUCCCGAGGAGUUCAUGAACUGUGCCGUUAUCUCGGGCCUCGGAAACAUUGCUUUCAAAUACUACCUCUUGUUCCAGCAUCAUAGUGUUCCAGAGGAGACCGAGGCGGAGGAGCCGAGCUGGCUUCUUGGAGCUCAACCAGGCCCAUACAUUGAUCAGAAGAGUCGGCAUCUCUUCAUGUCCCUGGGCGACGGCCUGGCUUUCCUUGGACUAGAUUGUCGCACAGAGCGAAUGACGGAUGAAAUUCUCAGUGAACAGACUUGCGAUCUGAUCUGGGAUAGAUGUCAUCGCGAGAUAUCGAGGGGUGAGACCAAGCACCUGAUUGUGUCUUUGGGUAUUCCAUUAGCAUACCCCAGAGUGGCGAUGGUCAAGAAUAUUCUCAACAGCCGCAAGUCCUUGGGCAAAGCCGGUCUUUUUGGCGGCUUGGUUAACAAGAAUGGUGGCAAAGUAGAAAUCUUUGACGACCAUUGGACGGCCAAACACCACAAGUCUGAGCGGACAUAUCUGAUCGAGGAUCUUCAGGAUCUGGCCGCCGAGAAAUCAGUUCGAAUUACUAUUUUGAGCGGUGAUGUCCACCUGGCCGCUAUCGGCCAGUUCUACUCAAACCCGAAGUUGAAUAUCCCCAAAGACCAAGACUACCGGUACAUGCCCAACAUCAUCUCCUCGGCCAUCGCGGAUCUACCUGAGACAGAGAUGAUUUCCGAUAUGCUGAACAAGCGCAACCGGGUGCAUCACAUGGAUACCAACACGGACGAGGAUAUGAUUCCCAUCUUCACCCAUGAUGUGAACAACAAACCCCGUAACAAUAAGAGACUGCUACCGCGACGGAAUUGGUGCUCCAUUCGUCGAUACCAACCAGGUGCUACGCCGCCCGGGACGCCGCGGCCUGCACUGAGGGCAGGCGCGGAGGAGCCUCGCCCGCGGAAGCUGAAGAGGACUCUAUCGCUGACGCGUGGGGAUAAGCCUCCCAGCGGAGGCCUAUUCCGUCGGCUUUCUGGCCGGGGUCCACCACCCACGAAGGAUUUCAACCUGGGUGAGGCCCCAAUAGGCCGGCGGAUGAGCAUGGACGGGCACUUCCCGUCGACUGAAUCUGGGAAUGGCUAUUUCCCGCCUAAGGAGUUUCAACCCGGCUUCUUACAGCGCCGCCCAACAAAUGCUAGCCAGAAGGCGAGCAACCGUGCUGGUAGAGGCCUCGAUGCAAUCAUUGACAUGGAGGAAGGACUAGCUAUUACGCUCAACCUAGAGCUCAACCCCAAGGAUCCGGCAGGUAUUACGACCCCAUACAAAUUGCUGGUUCCUGCACUUCGGUACGAAGGGUUGGAUUUUGACCAACCGGCCGCUCCGGUGGCCAAGGGCUGGAAGAAGUGGUUGGGAGUCCGGGGGUCCAACAGAGAGAGAAAACCAGCGGAGGAUACGGAGGUAGAGGACGAGGAGGAUGACGAUUUGAGUGACGAAGAGGACGAAGAGGACGGAGGAGGCUACGAGAAUCCUCGGGAGAGAUCCGGUGGAGUAGUCGGUGCAGGCAAUGGAAUGGGGCCGGCCGGGCUGGUCGGUGCAAGCGAGGAAGAUGUGGAGGCGGAAGAGGGCGAUAAGGAGGAGAUGACUUCUUCCAAGCGGAAAAAAUGGUUCGGGCGAUCGAAGUGAGGGGAUUGAGCGAAUGAGAUGUAACGAUUGACGAUAUGGAUGAAUGAUGGAUGAAUGAACGCUAGAGAUGCUUGAGUG